AUGCAUUCGCAUCCCAGACAUCGCAGAUGUGCGGUUGGUCCCAGCAGAACCCAGCAAAUCUGGCUUGGGCGCAUGGCAAGAUGGCAUUUCUGCACAGACCUUCGUUCAGUACCAUCACAUGGAACGCCCACAGAUGCCUCUUGCUUGCCUCGGGUUGUCCACAGCGCAAAAUUCAUCCAAUGCGACCUGGAGCUCUGCCACCCUGCACUCCCUGCACGUGCCGUUCAUGACUGCCUUGUAGCAGGCGCUGCAGACCGAGAUGUUUUUGCCAAGAGAUUUGUCCAACAUUGCCCGAGCUGCUGGCUAGCUGCAGCAUGA